AUGGACCCAACGCUUGCUGCACGCUUUGCCCGGCAGAAGGAAAAGCUGGAAAGGGGUGAGGAUGUGGCAGAAAUCGGCUCCAAAGCUGAUCAGAAGAAGCAGCUGGAUCCCGUCCUUGCUCAACGAUGGGAAAAGCUUCAGGCAGGCAAGUGCCUAGAAACCGUCGUGAACGACGAAAUCGGCUCCAUUGCAGACAAGACCGUGAAGCUGGAUCCCGUGCUGGCCAAGCGAUGGUCCAAGCAGCAGGAAAGGUAUGAAACUGGUGUUUGCGAUAUUCCUGAUGUCGUCUCUGUGGCAGACAAGUCCACGAAGCUGGAUCCCGUCUUGGCUGAGCGCUGGGCUGCUGCGCACGAGCGAAUGCUUACAGGCAACAGUGACGUACCUGAAGUGGGGUCCAGAGCAGACUUUUCCAGGAAAGACACCGAGUUCUCCAAGACCUUUGCCAAGGUUCAAAAGCAGGCGAAGCAAGGCACCAGCGAGGCUGAAAGAUGUCACUUGCAGCUGUCGGCGGGGCAGAAGACGGAGCACACGGUGCCCUGGGAAUCCAGCGGGCAAAGCGGCAGGCUCCAGUGGAGCGCGGUUGCCCUUUCGGAUCUCACCAUCGACCUGGAGGUCUGUGCCGUGGUCCGUCCGCCAAGCGCAGCGGAGGGCGAGGUGUCCGAAGUGAUCCUGCAGAGGCAUGCUCGCGGAGGCACCUUUGUUGGCAGCCUCGACGCGGCAUCCGACAGGAGGCUUGCUGUCCAAGGCGACAAGAAAAUGAGAAAAGAAGUGGUGUCAGUAAUUUUCAAAUUCAGCAACUCCUUCAGCUGGUUUACGGGCAAGGAAGUAGAGUUGGUUCUUUUGAAAGACUGA